CGACUCAUUGGUCCACGUUAUACUUCAUCACUUCCCCAUACUCUCAUCCACGCAACUCACCUAACGCCCUACGGAAGUUUUUAACCCGCUCCCCUCUCUCUCUCUCUCUCACACACACACACACACACACACAGUCUCCUGAGCUGUAACCAGAAAGAAACUACGCCACACAUUUUUGGUUAGAGGAUAAAGGCUAAGAAGAUUACAUCAUAUUGAUUUUCUUGAGUCUUGGCAAUAAAGCGAAGUGGUGUUAAUAUUGGUCAUCGAAUGGCUGAGGUGAUUGGCCCAAGAUUGUACGGUUGCUGCAAUUGUAGAAAUCAUGUUGCACUUCAUGAUGAUGUAAUUUCUAAAGCAUUUCAGGGAAGAAAUGGUCGAGCAUUUCUGUUCUCCCAUGCAAUGAACAUUGCUAUAGGGCCUAAAGAAGAUAGACAGCUUAUGACUGGUCUCCAUACAGUUGCUGAUGUAUAUUGCUCUGACUGUCGUGAGGUAUUGGGCUGGAAGUAUGAGAGGGCUUACGAGGAGACACAAAAGUAUAAGGAAGGAAAAUUUAUUCUGGAGAAGUCAAAAAUAGUCAAGGACAACUGGUAGUCGACGGUAAAAUCCUUAGUUUGCCGUCUAUAUCUUGGCGUAAGUCUGUGGAUGCUCACAUGUAAUGCUGUCCAAAACAUUGCGAUUAAUUGAAAAUGUCCAUUCAUUGUUUGUCCUUGAUCAUAUGUGCUAUUUUAUGGUGUAAAAUCUUGAUCAUGAUUAUGGAAUUUGUGAAUAAAUUUGUCUAUAUGCUAAUUUCCUUUGAUACUUAAGUGCUUA